UGUCCCUCGGACACAGCGGAUCACCGAUCAUGGAAAAGAGCCGAAGAUGUCGGCUCGGUCAUGUGAUCAGCAGUGUCCAAUCACAGCUGAUCACAUGGCACUGAUGAUCAGUGUGCCCUGAUGAUCAGUGUAGCCCCAGCAGUGCCACCUGUCAGUGUCCAUCAGUGCCUUGUGUCAGUGCUCAUCAGUGCCUCAUGCCAGUGCCCAUCAGUGCCACAUCAAUGCCACAUAUCAGUGCCUACCAGUGCACAUCAAUGCCACAUAUCAGUGCCCAUCUGAGCUGCCUUUCAUUGUCACCCAUCAGUGCCAGUCAGUGCCACCUAUCAAUGUCAAUCAGUGUCACCUAUCAGUGCUGCCAAUCAGUGCCA